AUGGGGUUCCUGAAGCUGAUUGAGAUCGAGAACUUUAAAUCGUACAAGGGUCGGCAGAUUAUCGGACCAUUUCAGAGGUUCACCGCCAUCAUUGGACCCAAUGGCUCUGGUAAGUCAAAUCUCAUGGAUGCCAUCAGCUUUGUGUUGGGUGAGAAAACCAGCAACCUGCGGGUAAAGACCCUAAGGGACCUGAUCCACGGAGCUCCUGUGGGCAAACCAGCAGCCAACCGAGCCUUUGUCAGCAUGGUCUACUCUGAAGAGGGUGCUGAGGACCGCACAUUUGCCCGUGUCAUUGUAGGAGGUUCCUCUGAGUACAAGAUUAACAACAAAGUGGUCCAGCUACAUGAGUACAGUGAGGAAUUAGAGAAGUUGGGCAUUCUUAUCAAAGCUCGUAACUUCCUCGUCUUCCAGGGUGCUGUGGAAUCUAUUGCCAUGAAGAACCCCAAAGAGAGGACAGCUCUUUUUGAAGAGAUCAGUCGCUCUGGGGAGCUGGCCCAGGAAUAUGACAAGCGAAAAAAGGAAAUGGUAAAAGCUGAAGAGGACACACAGUUUAAUUACCAUCGCAAAAAAAACAUUGCAGCUGAACGCAAGGAGGCCAAACAAGAAAAAGAAGAGGCUGACCGCUACCAGCGCCUGAAGGAUGAGGUGGUGCGAGCUCAGGUACAGUUGCAGCUUUUCAAACUUUAUCAUAAUGAAGUGGAAAUUGAGAAGCUCAACAAAGAACUGGCCUCUAAGAACAAGGAGAUAGAGAAGGACAAGAAGCGGAUGGACAAGGUAGAGGAUGAGCUGAAGGAGAAAAAGAAGGAGCUGGGCAAAAUGAUGCGGGAACAACAGCAGAUUGAGAAGGAGAUCAAGGAGAAGGACUCAGAGCUGAACCAGAAGCGGCCUCAGUACAUCAAGGCCAAGGAAAAUACUUCCCACAAAAUCAAGAAGCUGGAAGCAGCCAAAAAGUCACUACAGAAUGCUCAGAAGCAUUAUAAGAAGCGUAAAGGUGACAUGGAUGAGCUGGAAAAGGAGAUGCUGUCAGUGGAGAAAGCUCGGCAGGAAUUUGAGGAACGGAUGGAAGAGGAAAGUCAGAGUCAGGGCAGAGAUUUGACCUUGGAGGAGAAUCAGGUGAAGAAAUAUCACCGGUUGAAAGAAGAAGCCAGCAAGAGAGCAGCUACCCUGGCCCAGGAGCUGGAGAAGUUCAAUCGAGACCAGAAGGCCGACCAGGACCGGCUGGAUCUGGAAGAACGGAAGAAAGUAGAGACAGAGGCCAAGAUCAAGCAAAAGCUGCGGGAGAUUGAAGAGAAUCAGAAACGGAUUGAGAAACUAGAGGAAUACAUCACAACCAGCAAGCAGUCUCUAGAGGAACAGAAGAAACUAGAGGGGGAGCUGACAGAGGAGGUGGAGAUGGCCAAGAGACGUAUUGAUGAGAUUAACAAGGAGCUGAACCAGGUAAUGGAGCAGCUGGGGGAUGCCCGCAUCGACCGCCAGGAGAGCAGCCGCCAACAGCGAAAGGCAGAAAUUAUGGAAAGCAUCAAGCGCCUGUACCCUGGUUCUGUGUACGGCCGCCUCAUUGACCUCUGCCAGCCCACACAAAAGAAGUAUCAGAUUGCAGUAACCAAGGUUUUGGGCAAGAAUAUGGAUGCCAUUAUUGUGGACUCAGAGAAGACAGGCCGGGACUGCAUUCAGUAUAUCAAGGAGCAGCGUGGGGAGCCUGAGACUUUCUUACCUCUUGAUUACCUGGAGGUAAAACCUACAGAUGAGAAACUCCGGGAGCUAAAGGGGGCAAAGCUGGUGAUUGAUGUGAUUCGCUAUGAGCCACCUCACAUCAAAAAGGCCCUGCAGUAUGCUUGUGGCAAUGCCCUUGUUUGUGACAAUGUGGAGGAUGCCCGCCGCAUAGCCUUUGGAGGCCACCAGCGCCACAAGACAGUGGCACUGGAUGGGACCCUGUUCCAGAAGUCAGGGGUGAUCUCUGGCGGGGCCAGUGACCUGAAGGCCAAGGCCCGACGCUGGGAUGAGAAAGCAGUAGACAAGUUGAAAGAGAAGAAGGAGCGGUUGACAGAAGAGCUGAAGGAGCAGAUGAAGGCAAAGCGAAAAGAGGCAGAACUACGUCAGGUGCAGUCUCAGGCCCACGGACUGCAGAUGCGGCUCAAGUACUCACAGAGUGACCUAGAACAGACCAAGACACGGCAUCUGGCCCUUAAUCUGCAGGAAAAGUCCAAGCUGGAGAGUGAGCUAGCCAACUUUGGGCCUCGAAUCAAUGAUAUCAAGAGGAUCAUCCAGAGCCGAGAGAGGGAAAUGAAAGACUUAAAGGAGAAGAUGAACCAGGUUGAGGAUGAGGUAUUUGAAGAGUUUUGUCGGGAGAUUGGUGUGCGCAAUAUCCGGGAGUUUGAGGAAGAGAAGGUGAAGCGGCAGAAUGAAAUCGCCAAGAAGCGUUUGGAGUUUGAGAAUCAGAAGACUCGUUUGGGUAUCCAGUUGGAUUUUGAAAAGAACCAACUGAAGGAGGACCAGGAUAAAGUACACAUGUGGGAGCAGACAGUGAAAAAAGAUGAAAAUGAGAUAGAAAAGCUCAAGAAGGAGGAGCAAAGACAUAUGAAGAUCAUAGAUGAGACCAUGGCGCAGCUACAAGACCUGAAGAACCAGCACCUGGCCAAGAAGUCAGAGGUGAAUGACAAGAACCAUGAGAUGGAGGAGAUUCGUAAGAAACUGGGGGGCGCCAACAAGGAAAUGACCCAUUUACAGAAGGAGGUGACAGCCAUUGAGACCAAGCUUGAACAGAAGCGCAGUGACCGCCACAACUUGCUACAGGCCUGCAAGAUGCAGGACAUCAAGUUGCCACUGUCUAAGGGCACCAUGGAUGAUAUUAGUCAGGAAGAGGGUAGCUCCCAAGGGGAGGAUUCAGUGAGUGGCUCCCAACGGACUUCCAAUAUCUAUGCUCGAGAGGCUCUCAUCGAGAUUGACUACGGUGACCUGUGUGAGGAUCUGAAGGAUGCCCAGGCUGAGGAGGAGAUCAAGCAGGAGAUGAACACACUGCAGCAGAAGCUGAAUGAGCAGCAGAGUGUGCUCCAGCGUAUUGCUGCCCCCAACAUGAAGGCCAUGGAAAAGCUGGAAAGUGUCCGAGACAAGUUCCAAGAGACCUCAGACGAAUUUGAGGCGGCUCGAAAGCGAGCCAAGAAGGCCAAGCAGGCAUUUGAACAGAUCAAGAAAGAACGCUUUGACCGCUUCAAUGCCUGUUUUGAAUCGGUGGCCACCAACAUUGAUGAGAUCUACAAGGCCCUGUCCCGUAACAGCAGUGCUCAGGCGUUCCUGGGCCCUGAAAACCCUGAGGAGCCCUACUUGGAUGGCAUAAACUACAACUGUGUGGCUCCUGGCAAACGCUUCCGACCCAUGGACAACUUGUCAGGGGGGGAGAAAACAGUUGCUGCUCUGGCCUUGCUCUUUGCCAUCCACAGCUACAAGCCAGCCCCUUUCUUCGUCCUGGAUGAGAUCGAUGCUGCCCUGGAUAACACCAAUAUUGGCAAGGUGGCAAAUUACAUCAAGGAGCAGUCGACUUGCAACUUCCAGGCCAUCGUCAUUUCUCUCAAGGAGGAGUUCUACACCAAGGCUGAGAGCCUCAUUGGAGUCUACCCUGAGCAAGGGGACUGUGUGAUCAGCAAAGUCCUGACCUUCGACCUCACCAAGUACCCAGAUGCCAACCCCAACCCCAAUGAGCAGUAG